CCGGCGGGCGGGGCGGCGCGAGGGAGCAGCGCCCGCCGCCCCGGGCAGGCCGGCCCUCCGCGCGCAGGGCCGCCACGGCCCCAUGCUGCUGCCCCUGGCCUGCCUGCACGGCCGGGUGGCGCAGUGCCUCACCGCGCUCCUGGUGCUCGCAGAGCCGCCCCCGAGGCCCCGGCGCGGCGCGAGGGCGCACGGCGCGCCGCCCCCGCGCGCGGAGGCCGCCCUGCCCGCGAAGAUGGCCGCGGAGCUCUAUGCGCCCGCCGGCGCCGCAGCCGCGGCCGCCACCGCCACGGACAUCGCCAACAGCAACGCCGCCGCCGCCGCCGCGGGCAGGAAGGGACGGCCCAGCGCCCCGCUGCCCGCCCUGCCACCGCCCGCGCCCGCGCCGCCCGCACUCGACAACAACAACUUGGAGAGCCCCAACUGGCAGUCCUUCCACCCGACCCUGCGCGAGAGGAACGCGCUGAUGUUCAACAACGAGCUCAUGGCCGACGUGCACUUCGUCGUGGGGCCCCCGGGUGCGGCCCGGAGGGUGCCUGCCCACAAGUAUGUCUUGGCCGUGGGUAGCUCUGUCUUUUAUGCCAUGUUUUACGGGGACCUGGCAGAAGUCAAGUCAGAAAUCCACAUCCCUGACGUGGAACCUACAGCUUUUCUCAUCUUGUUGAAGUACAUGUACAGUGACGAGAUUGACCUGGAAGCCGACACGGUGCUGGCCACUCUGUAUGCCGCCAAGAAGUACAUUGUCCCCGCGUUAGCAAAAGCCUGUGUCAACUUCCUGGAGACGAGUCUGGAAGCCAAAAACGCCUGUGUGCUGCUGUCCCAGAGCCGGCUGUUUGAGGAGCCCGAGCUGACCCAGCGCUGCUGGGAGGUCAUCGAUGCUCAGGCUGAGAUGGCCCUGAGGUCCGAAGGCUUCUGUGAAAUUGACUGGCAGACGCUGGAGAUCAUCGUGACGCGGGAGGCCCUCAACACCAAGGAGGCUGUGGUCUUCGAGGCAGUCCUGAGCUGGGCCGAGGCAGAGUGCAAGCGGCAGGGCCUGCCGGUCACCCCGCGCAACAAGAGGCACGUUUUGGGGCCAGCCCUCUACCUGGUCCGAAUUCCAACCAUGACCCUGGAGGAGUUCGCCAACGGUGCCGCCCAGUCGGACAUCCUGACGCUGGAGGAGACCCACAACAUCUUCCUGUGGUACACGGCGGCCAACAAGCCCCUCCUCGAAUUCCCCCUGACCAAGAGGAAGGGCCUCGCCCCGCAGACGUGCCACCGCUUCCAGUCCUCCGCCUACCGCAGCAACCAGUGGCGCUACCGCGGGCGCUGCGACAGCAUCCAGUUUGCCGUGGACAGGAGAGUGUUUAUCGCGGGGCUGGGCUUGUACGGCUCUAGCUCCGGGAGAGCCGAGUACAGCGUGAAGAUUGAACUCAAGCGGCUGGGGGUGGUCCUGGCGCAGAACCUGACCACGUUUGUUUCCGACGGCUCCAGCAGCACCUUCUCAGUCUGGUUUGAACACCCCGUGCAGGUGGAGCAGGACACCUUCUACACCGCCAGCGCCGUCCUGGAUGGCAGCGAGCUCAGCUACUUCGGGCAGGAGGGCAUGACCGAGGUGCAGUGCGGGAAGGUGACCUUCCAGUUCCAGUGCUCUUCCGACAGCACCAACGGGACCGGGGUCCAGGGCGGCCAGAUCCCCGAGCUCAUCUUCUACGCCUGAGGCGCUGUGGGGUGGCAGGGGUGCACGGCGAGUGGCAGGCCCUUUCUCUACAGGCAGCCCGUGACCCGCCACCUCAAAGGUUGCGCUCGUGCGGCGUGCCUCCUCUGCAAGUGGUCGGCUGGAGCCUGAAGCUGUGACACAAGACACUUUCCUGCACAGCCAGAGCCUCGGUCUCUGCAUCUCUUGUACAUUGGGGCGCACGUCCCAGAUGGAGGGCAGAUUUGGGGGGCACAAGGCAGGCUCCAGAUUCCCUCCAAGGGGCGCCCACACCGCCUGCUUUGAGGGCUUUGCCAUCUCUCGCAUCCUCUUGGAUUCUAUUCUAAGUGGUUCUAAGCUUAAGAUCUUCAGUUCAAAUCCAAAAUGGGAAAAGUCACUUAAAGUAGUUCACCUGUUUAAGUGGAUUUUCAUAAUAAAGUUUUAACGAAAUGAGAGCCGCA